GUUGAUGACAUUGAAACCGAGAUAAUUCCUGGAAGAAUAAUGGUCUGUCAUAGAUGUUGCUGCAGCAGUGAUACAAAGGCACCUAGCGACGAAGAUCAGGACGGCGAAUUUCAUGGACCACUAGAACAGAGGGAAUGUCGUGAUGUCAUCUUUCUUAUAAUCUUCAUAGCUUUUAUAUUCGGAAUUUUUGGCAUCACCUAUAUAUCUGUUAAACAAGGCAAUCCUUAUCGUCUGGUAUAUGGUGUUGACAGCUAUGGCAACGUUUGUAAUCAGAAAAAUGAUAAAAUAGAUGGCGUUUUCUAUUCUGGACAAGAUAACACCGACAAACCGAAAGUAUUUUUCUUCGACCCGACAUAUUUCACAUCUAUGUUGCCCAACAGCCCAUUUCCUUCUUUUUCUGAAGAUGACACGGAAAUCAUCUGCAUAGAAAAGUGUCCACCUAAUGAAACGGAAGUCAUUGAUUUCUUCAUGAAUGAGGGUGUGAAUCUUUGUCAUUAUAAUGUAACACCGUACGUGGAUAAUAUCAAACAAUGCCCGGCUACCCCAGUGCAAAAACAUGAGAGUGUCUUCAAUCGAUGUAUCCCGGAAUAUAUCGUGAAGUAUGCUAAAGACAUAGCGUCAUCGUUUGCAUCUGUUCUUAGUAACAGUUACAUGGGCAGUAAUGCGCCACAGAAAAUUGUGUCUGACUUGAAGAACACGUGGAUAGAGAUUGGUUACCUAUCCGCUAUAUCAGUGGGUGUGGCUUUUAUUGUGGUUUUGCUAAUGAGGUUCUUAGCAGCAGUGAUAGUAUGGACAUUGGUUAUCGGGGUGAUGUUGUUCUCAAUGGGUGCUUCUACUUACUGCUGGUAA